ACUCUGGAUCCAGACACGGCUCAUCCCAGCCUCGUCCUGUCUGAGGAUCGGAAAAGUGUGAGACACGGAGACAAACGCCAGGAUCUGCCCGACAACCCUGAGAGAUUUGAUAGAUAUCCCAUUGUCCUGGGCACUGAGGGGUUCACGGGCGGGAGGCGUUACUGGGAGGUGGAGGUGGGAGACAAGAGGAGAUGGGACCUGGGGGUUUGUAGGGAAUCUGUGAGCAGGAAGGGGAAGGUCACAUACACACCUGAGGAUGGAUACUGGGUCAUGCGGCUGAGGUAUAGGAAAUACAAGGCCUGCACCUCCCCGAGGACCCCCCUCCCUGUAAGCGUCAUGCCCAGCCGGGUGGGGAUUUUCCUGGACUAUGAGGCGGGCGAGGUCUCGUUUUACAAUGUGACUGACAGGUCCCAUCUCUUCACUUUCACUGGCACCUUCCCCGGGAAGGUCCGCCCUUAUUUCAGUCCUGGUCUCAUUGCUGGGGCUACAAACGCGGCUCCCCUGAUAAUCUGCCCGGUCCCAGCUCAGACCGGAGGGAAUCUCGGUCCCUGA